UUAAGAGAUAUUUCUAUAUGGUAUAACUAUGUACGUGUAUGGGUCUUCACCGUUCUCUUUGGACAGGUCUAGGACGUGCUGAUUCCUUUGGGGCAUAUAGGCCAUGUCUACCCCUGGCAAGGGUUACAUCGUAUAUCGCAAGCAGAAACUAGCCGACGAGGCGUAUACUGUGGGUUCUAGGUCCUCUAAGAACAGGAACUCCAAACCGGAGUCAAAGAACGUUUCUGUUACCCCGGAACCGGCAACUAAACGCGAAAGGAUACAGUGUGGUUGCGGCGGCAGUGAACAUGACUGCUUUAGCAAUUCUAUGGGCUGCGGUCGCCUUUUAUGUACCAAGGAGGGCGAGGGACCAUGCUUCCAUUGUGGAACCCAUGUAGUGUCUGUAGAUGCUAUUGACAAGGUACCCCUGGAGCAUUCUGGAGACCCUGAGUUCAUCCAAGCCAUUGAGCUACGUGACCGCUUGCUUGCUCAAGAUGCUAAUUACGCUGCUUUCAAGAUGAAGGUUCAUGACCUACAUACUGACUGGUUUCGUGAGGCUCACAGUGUCUAUAAUGAGGAUGCUGCUGAGGCGCGUAUGCAGUACUACAAGCAGGAGGCGGCUAAGCGUGCUGAAAAAUCUAUACAACGUGUGGAUAUAGAUCUUCAAUCUGGUAAAAUCACACGGUCUUCUAAGCGACAUUAGC